AUGCCAGAAAUCCCCUCCUCGUAUACCGUCCGCCGCCGGCUUCAUGAACCUCCCCCUUUCGCUAGGCCUUUAUGGCUGUUACCGGCUAUUUCAUCGACUAGGACUAGAACUACCGCGAGAUCUUACUUAGCUUUAAACCACUUCACGGGAUAUAUACUAGCGUAUCAGAUUGAAGACAGGGUGUUAACCGUUACCACUAAUAACGCGUCUAAUAACUCUACGCUACUAGAGAGUGUCUAG